AUGGAGAGUGUGUGUGUUGUCUGCUGUGGCCGGGAAAGUCGGUCGGAGUCUCGGACACUAAUCACACUAAUCUUGUCUCUUUCAGGUAUCCCUCUUCUUGGUUUCUUCUUCCUCCUCCCUCUUCAGAUUCCCUGGCGACAGCUGGCUGUACCGUGGCUUGGACUGGUCCACUAUCUGGCCUGUGUCAGCCCACAGUUGGGCAGCGUCGUGUACCACCUCUUCAUGAACCACCAUGGUGGGGCGCCCAUCUAUCACAAGCUGCUCACCCUGGACAUGUGCGGGAUCUGCCUCGUUAAUACAUUAGGUGCUCUCCCCAUCAUCUAUUGUACCUUGCUGUGCUACCCGUCCAUGCGGAGUUUGUCCCUCUUGGCGUACUCUGCCUUGUCAAGUUACGUCAUCUUCUGUGCCAUCAGCGCGCACAGCAACGUGAGCCGACUCUGUUCGUUCGCCUGGCAGGCCGCCUUCCGUUUCUUCUUCUUCUACCUGCGCUGGGCUGGACUGGGCUCUGGACAUCCGUCCUCCCUACGCUGCUACCUCCUAAUGGAUAGCCUGGCCUUGCUCGGAGGGAUCAUCAACAUCUCCCGCCUCCCCGAGCGCCUGCGGCCAGGAAAGUUUGACUUCUGGUGCAACAGCCACCAGAUUAUGCACGUCCUGGUAGUAAUUAGCAUCUUAUACUUGCACUGGGGAGUAACCUCUGACCUCAUGUGGAUAAGCAGCUAUACGUGUCCUCCGGAGUGA